UUCAUCUUUGAAUUUCUUGAAUUAAAUUGUUGGAAAAAAUGUUAAAUACCCGAAUUGGAGCUGUUUUAAAGAAAUCUUGCAUCAAAAACUUUCUGAGAUUUCAUUCUUCAGACGUGACAAAGAAGAAAAUUUGUAUUGUUGGGGCAGGACCUGCUGGAUUCUAUGCUGCGAGAUACAUUGUGAAGCAUCUGGAUCAUUCCUACGUUGAUAUUAUCGAGAAAUUGCCUGUUCCCUAUGGGUUGGUACGCUUUGGCGUCGCUCCGGAUCAUCCAGAAGUGAAAAAUGUCAUAAACACCUUCAAGCAAACGGGCGAAAAUUCAAGAGUCAAGUUCUAUGGGAACAUUUCUUUGGGCACGGAUGUCACUUUGAAGCAGUUGCAAGAGAAUUAUCAUGCCGUUUUGUUGGCUUACGGAGCAGAUAAAGACCGAAAAUUUGGUUUAGAAAACGAAAACCUUCCGAACGUGAUAUCAGCUCGAGAUUUUGUUGCAUGGUACAACGGUUUGCCGGGCGCUCAACACUUGAAUCCCAAUUUAGACAUCGAAUCUGUGACACUUUUAGGGCAGGGAAAUGUCGCAAUUGAUGUUGCACGAAUUCUCUUAUCGCCGAUUGAUCAGCUACGGAAGACAGAUAUCACGUCAUUCGCUUUGGAAGCACUUAGCAACAGUCGAGUGCGGAAAAUUCAUCUUGUUGGGCGACGAGGACCUUUGCAGGCUGCCUUCACGAUUAAAGAACUCCGUGAAAUGCUGAAACUCGAGAAUGUUGACACAAAAUGGCGCGUUGAUGACUUUGCGGGAGUUGCUGAAGUGGUCCCGAAAUUGCAAAGACCUCGAAAACGCAUCACAGAAUUAAUGUUGAAAAGUUUAGAGGAACAAAAAUCAGGCGCUGAAAAAGAAUUUUUGCCAAUUUUUUAUCGAUCGCCUGUGAAAUUCAACGCAAAAGAUGGAAAAGUUGAGUCCAUUGAAUAUGCAAUCAAUAAAUUGGAGAACGAAAAGGCAGUCAGCACGGAAGGGAGAGAAACAAUUGAUGUUGGAUUAGUUUGUCGCAGUAUCGGAUAUCGAUCAGAAUCGUUAGAUGAAGACAUAAAUUUCAACGAAAAAGGAGGAUUUGUGAACAAUAUCGCAGGACGAGUACUUAAAAAAUCAUCAAAUCAGACCUCAUCCGACUUGACAAUCGACAGUUUCGAAGAUAAAUUCGAAAAUGGGUUGUAUGUGACGGGAUGGCUUGGCACGGGACCCACAGGAGUUAUUUUAUCGACAAUGAAUUCGUCAUUUUCUGUCGCAGAAGCCAUUUGUCAGGACUUUAAAAUGGAUGUCAUUAGGACUGUGAGAGAAAACAAACCAGGAAUUAACUUUAAUAAGAUGCGAAGUGUGACGUGGAAGGCGUGGGAAAGCAUUGACGAAGCUGAAGUUGAGAGAGGAACGAAAGUUGGGAAGCCUCGAGAGAAAAUUGUGGAUGUUGAGGAGAUGUUAAAGGUAGCGGGAGUUUAAAUGUGUUACGAAAAGGUCAAAAUUUUGAAGUUUUUUGAUCGCUUUUGUAUAAAAAGUCUCAAAUUUGAUGAUUUUUUAAAAUUUUCAGGGAAUUUUGAGAGCUUUUUAAUACAAAUUUCAUUCAAAAUCAACUUUCAAUACCCAAAAAGAGACAAAAUUUAGACCUUAAAAGACAUUAUCGCAUAAUUGUUGUUAGCUUUUAAGGAUAAUCAAUCAACUGGCUUCCAUUAAAGUGUUAAAAAUUUAUUUAUACAAUUCAUCAG